AUGUCAGUGGUACUAAGACUGCUGACCUCGGCAAAGGACGCCGACUCCUCUGCUGGCGGCAAGGGGCGAGACGACAAGGAGACGUCGUGCUCGCUGGUCGGCUUCGUGGAUCCGACCGUCCUACUAGCCCCGGAGGCCGGCGAGGACUUCCAGGCGGUGGCGGCAGCUGUGCAGGCGAGCCCGUCGGUGGUCCUGCUCGACAGCGGCUGCUCACACCACCUGAUGGGGACGAAGGACGCCUUCGUCGACUUGGGGCCGAGCGGCGACGUGAAGCACGUGCGUGGCUUCAAUGGGGCGCUGCAAGACGUCAAGGGCCGGGGCACGGUUGCGCUGCAAGACGGGAGAGAAGCGGGUGCUCAUUCCCGGCGUGCUGUACGUCCCGGCGUGCACGUGAACCUGCUGUCGGCUGGUCAGCUGAAGGAGAACGGUGUGAAGCUGCAGGACGACGGUGACGGGAUGCUGCUCGUCUCGGCGACGGGCGACGUGCUUGGUCGAGCAGCUUAUUCUGGCCGGGUCCUCUGCACCGACUUACGUCCCUGCUCGGCAACGAACGCCGAUGAAGUGGUGGCUCUGCAUGUCAUUGUCUCAGGGACGAAGUCGACGCCGGACAGGCUGCAUGCGACGCUUGAACACGUCGGCAUAGACACCAUCCUGCGCACGGCGAAUCACGAGCUGGCGCGGCACUCCUUCCCCAACCAGAUCUCGAACGCCGACGACGUGCUGGCCGUCGUGCACAUCGACAUGUGCGGGCCAUUCUGGGUGGCUGCCAAGGAAGACAGCCUGUACUUCUUGCUGCUGAAGGACCGCAAGACCCGCUACGUGUGGGUGAGGCCGGUCGUCAACAAGUCGGACGUGCUGCUGGAGUUCCAGAUGGGGCUGGUGCUGGUGGAGCGGCAGACGAAGAAGUCGGUGUUGCAGCUGCGCUCUGACCGAGGAGGGGAGUUCCUCGGCAAGGAGUUCACCGCCUUUGUGGAUGGCACGCGGAUCGUCCACGACCUGACCUGCCCCUACACCCCGCAGCAGAACGGCAUGGCGGAGCGGGAGAUGACGACGGUGGUGGAGCCGAUACGUGCGGACGAUGCUGCUGCACAUGGGCGUGCAGCACCACUGGUGGCACCUCGCUCUGCGGCAGGCUGUCUGGGUCCGCACCUGCCUUGA